UCUCGUCCAAUCAGGAGACUGGAGCUGGGGUUUCAGUGUCAGUUACUGGAAGCAACAAGGGAACCAGGAAGAGAAGCUCAUGCCGACCAGAGUGUCACCAUCCUGCACGCCAGGGUCGCUCAGAAGUCCUACGGCAACGAGAAAAGGUUCUUCUGCCCUCCUCCUUGUGUUUACAUCAGCGGUGAUGGAUGGAGGGUCAUGCAGGACCAUCUGAAAGCUGCCGGCCGCGGUGGAGACUCGGUGUACCGGCUGUGUGGUUACAUGUGUCUGGACAGCUCCGUUCAGUCUCUGGCUGACUCCUUCAAACUGGCCUUCAACAAGCAGCCGGACUCCAGGAUGUUUGCGUCGGCCAAGUCCCUGUUCAUCUCCGAUCAGGACAAAAGGAAACAUUUCUGCCUGCUGCUGAGGCUCUUCUUGGGAAACAGACAGGAAGUGGGUUCGUUCCAGAGCAGGAUGAUCAAAGUCAUCUCCAAACCGUCCCAGAAGAGGCAGUCCAUGAAGAACGCCGAUCUGUGUAUCUCCUCGUGCUCCAGAGUAGCUUUGUUCAACCGUCUACGCUCUCAGACGGUCAGCACUCGUUACCUGUCGGUGGACAGAGGAGCCUUCAUCGCCAGCGCCAGGCAGUGGACCGCCUUCACCAUCACCCUGGUGGGGGACCAGCGUGCUGACCAAGGAGAUUUUGUGCGGAGCGAAGGCUUCAUCUGUUACGGCUGUGUGGUCCAGUUAGUGUGCACCGAGUCCGGAGCCGCUCUACCACCCAUGGUGAUCCGUAAGGUCAACAAGCAGCACGCCAUCUUGGACGUGGACGAGCCGGUUUCUCAGCUCCACAAGUGUGCCUUCCAGUUCAGAGACGAUCCACAGACGUACCUGUGUUUGUCCAACGACGUUAUCGUACUGUACCAGGCCCCGUCCAGUGUCAAGGACCCCAGCAGGGUGGUGCUGAACGACGGGUCCUGCUGGACCAUCAUUGGAGUGGAAGCAGUAGAGUUCACCUUCAACCAGGGUCCCUCCUGCAUCCAGACCCUCGUGACUCCUUUUCCUGUGAUCACCGGGCUAGAGGUGAACGGUGGAGGACACGUUGCCACUCUGGAGGUUCACGGAGAAAAUCUGAGCCCUCAUCUCAAAGUGUGGUUUGGAAACAGCGAGUCUGAGACCAUGUUCAGGUGAGUGGACAGGAAGUCAGUGAGAGAAACGAUGAGGAGAAGGAGAUGAAGAGGAGAAGAAGGCAAUGGAGACGCAGAAAAACUACAACAACAACAACAACAACACAUAUAAAGAUAUAAAGAUGAUGUGAUUAAUUUCUGUUUGUCAGAAAACAGAAUAUCUUCAAGAGAAAGUGAGCUGGAAAACAAAAAGGAGAGAAGAAAUAUG